GCAUAGAUCUCCACUAGUAGGUUUGGCAACGGGUGUGAACAAACUCGUGUUAAUUUCUCUAGCAUCAGAUCCUGCUUCCUUAUUCAGAAUUUCUCAAUGUAAACAACACAUGGGGCAGGAAAAGCACACUGGGGCUAAGUGCUUCCUUACACUGACUGUUAACUGACACAUUUCAAGAGACCGCUGACGCAAAAGAUGGUCGAAUUCAAGAAGCAAUGGCGUAGUACCAUAACCACGCUGAUGUUUCUUCUGUUUAUAAUACUACUCAUUAUAGAUACUAUAGAGUCAUCCAGGCCUCUUCCUCAGAGAGGGCGCCCCAGGCCAGGCUAUGGCAGCAGACAGUUACCCAGGGCGGCAGACAGGGGGCGUGCCGCGGGCCACUGCCGUCCCGAGGAUUGCGUGUGGGGGGACUGGCAAGCCUGGGGCGCCUGUACCAGAGCUAACAUGAGGGGACGUUCACGGGUCAUGAUAACGAGGGCGCAGUGUGGUGGGCAACGCUGUCGUGGACCAGGGACACAGACAGAGAGGUGCUCCUCAAGUCCUCAGAGUGACGGAAUCAUAGAUCCUGCUUUUUGUGAAGGAAAAGUUGAUGGUCUUUAUGGGGACCCCAGUAGCUGUGCUCAUUUUUACCGCUGUGAUUUCGGCACUGCCACCAGGUUCGCUUGUCCACAUAGGCUGAGAUGGAACGAGAAUAUCGCGAGAUGUGAUUGGCAGUAUAACUCUCACUGCACCAUCACGGCUGUUUCUCCCAAAGUUGAUGUCGCGACGAAUCCGAUUACGCCUGGCCCCUCCGCUUCCGCAAGGCUCGACGAAACGACAACCAGUUUUAAAAUGGAACUUUCAGAUGGAGCGGAUGUUUGCCUGCAGUCAUCAAACUGUUGGCUAAAAUUUGACUUCAAGUACGAAGACAACUGGAACGACUGUCACGGCGACAAGUACGUUCGGCGAACUCCGUAUUCUGUCGGGAAAUACGUCGGCGUAAUACUAUGCUCGCCUCACAGAUAUAAACUGUUGAUGAGCGACGGCCUCAGUGAGGAAUUCCUGAAUAUAGCAGACAGUAAUGGACAUGGUCAGGAUCACUGUGAGUUUGUUGGUGGGAACGAGCGUGAUGCUAAUCUUCCCAGCCACUUCUGGUCCUCUCCCUCAGCAAGAGGUUUCUAUCGUUCCAAUGCCAAAGAGGGUCUAACCACUGGUAACAUUGGUUUCGGUCCUAAGGAUGGAUCACGGUGGACUGGGAAGUAUUACGUCAGGUGGUAUGAGUGUGGGGUGCAGAUACCAGGAGACGCCACAGUCGUGGAUAUGACGUCACAACACACAAAACAACCUCCAGCACCUUCACCGAAACUCGUGUUCUCUGUACGCCCUGAAAACCAGACUGUAAUGGAGGAAAAGCUGGUGGUACUGGAAUGCAGUGUUGACCACGAUGACGUCACAUAUUCCUGGACGAAAGAUGAUGUCAAUGCGACCUCUAUCCCGGAGCUGGAAGUACUACCAGGAGGGAUUCUUCUCAUUUCUAAGUUCAGACAGAGUCUUGCUGGAGUGUAUUCGUGUAUCGCAUCAACUGACGGCGAGGUCGCCCAAGCUCGAGCUUGGAUUAGUUCACAUACGUCAUCAUGCACUUUAGAAUUCAAAGACAAGCCACUCAAUAUGACAGUGGACGUUGGAAGUCUGCACAUCUUCUCCUGUCGUGUGCAAGGCGCACAAAUAGUAUGGAAGAAAGAUGGCGCUCCAAUCGGUACCUCGUCCCGUGUGCGCAUACUCCGCACAGGUUACCUCAUCAUCCAGGCCGUGGCGGCAUCUGACGCCGGGAAGUACACGUGUGAAGCCACACGCCAAGAAGACGACUGCCAUGACGACAGAAGUGCCUGGCUGACAGUGGCUGGGAUGGAUGAAAGCAGCGUAGACAGCAUCUGCGGUCAGCCUACUGUGACAGUGCCUCCUCUGUCUCGUGGGAACAUUGUCCACGGCCACGACGCCGUCAAGGGGAGCAUACCGUGGCAGGUGAUGCUCUGGGAACCAGAGGUUGGUCUUGUGUGCGGGGGAGCCCUCAUUCACAAGAAAUGGGUCGUCACCGCUGCACAUUGCUUCUAUGAGUUUCGAGAGAUCUACGAAAGAACCCUUGACGAACGCAAUCUUAUCAUCCGUCUGGGCAAACACGACACACAAAACGUUGAGGACCACGAGCAGCAAUUGAGAGUGGUGGAUAUUAUCAUUCAUGAGGGGUUUAACCACACACUGUAUGACAAAGACAUCGCCAUCAUUGAAUUAGAGACGGAAGCGUUCAUAACAGACCACGUGCGUCCUGUCUGCGUGUGUAGCGAGACUUUCUCCAAGACGAAUUUCUUCAGUCGUAUCAAACCACUAGGUAGGGUGUCUGGCUGGGGCGCUCUGACGAGUGGACCCUAUCCCCUCAGACCACGCUACCUCAACGUCAUCGACAUCCCAGUCCAACGUCCGGACACGUGCCAGAACUCUACCACGUGGCCCGUCACAGCUCACAUGUUCUGUGCCGGGUACGCUCGGGAAACCAUCGGUGAUGCGUGCAAGGGUGACAGUGGUGGUCCAUUCGUGGUGAGACACGAUGACAGCGGGCGUUGGUACCUCCUGGGUCUGGUCAGCUGGGGUGAGGGGUGUGCACAGAGGGGAAAGUACGGGUUCUAUGUGAACGUUAGCAGCUUUUAUGACUGGAUACAGGACAUAUUGAAUUUUGCAGAUCACACUUUAUAACCGUCAUUCUGUCCUGUUCUUUAAAAGAUUUGAACAGAAAAUUCAAAUCCAUCUGGUUAAAGGCCUACUUCUGUAAGAGCCUGGAUAUACCAGUAUAAAACUGAAAAUGCCCAGUAAAAGCAAAUGCCCAGAAUUGUUGAAAGGGUUGCACGCAAACGUGUAAUUGAUCUAAUUAUGGUGUGUGACUUAAGUUACAAUAAAUUAGCUUGCACAUUAAACGUAUUGUCCAGAAGGAUUUUUUACAAAAAAAA